UUUAGGUGCUUUGUUGUAAUGGCCUAGUGCUAGUUUGUUUUGGCCUCUGCUUGCUUCUUCAGUUUGUUGGGCCAUGCCCUCUCCCCCCUUUUCUCCCCGUUGUAUAUUCUUUUCUUCCUUUUGGCAAUGGUAUUUUAUUCAUCCAAAAAAAAAAAAAAAAAAAAAAAAACUAAAUAUCCUUCACAUGUGGCAGCAACAUGAAUGUUUUAUGGGCUUAAGUUAUAAACAGUGUAUUGGCCCUACUAUAACUUACAUCAUGGCCUAAUGUGGCUGGUUAUAACAUAAGUUGUUGGGCCUAAAUAGGGGCCUGAUUGGGCUGACCAUUUUGGUUCUUUCUCCUCCUAUGCUGGCCUUGUACUGCAUCAUCUGCAUUGUAAGUUACUUUUCAUACAUCCACUCACAGCAUUCUAAUGUUCUAUGUAAAGGGUUUGUAAAGAAAAUAUUGAAAACACCAUACUCAUUUCAUUAUUGUUGAAAGUCUAAAAUUAAACAGGUGUCCAUAUCUAUAUCCGGAUAUCAAAUUAAUAACUGAAUGCUGGACCAGGGUCUUGUUAAACUUGCUGAUUUUGGGGUCGCAACGAAGCUAACUGAGGCUGAUAUUUAUACGCAUUCUGCUGUUGUGGGAACACCAUACUGGAUGGCCCCUGAGGUGAUCGAAAUGUCAGGUGUUUCAGCUGCAUCAGAUAUUUGGAGUGUUGGUUGCACUGUGAUAGAGCUUCUCACGUGUGUUCCUCCUUACUAUGACCUCCAGCCAAUGCCAGCACUUUGGCGGAUUGUCCAGGAUGAGCAUCCGCCAAUACCUGAUCAUCUUUCUCCUGAAAUUACAGAUUUCCUGCGUCAGUGCUUUAAGAAGGAUGCUAGGCAGAGACCAGAUGCGAAAACAUUACUUCUUCAUCCUUGGAUACAAAACUCAAGACCUACUUUGCAGCCUUCUCUUCGGGAGUCCAGUGUACCCAUCAGAAAUAUUGAGGAAGAUGUUUCAAUGGCUGCUGAAGUUUCAUAUGGAGAUCAGAGGAGUGGUGAAACCCCAUCUGGAGAGAAAAUGAAAAAGGAUGCCUUUGUGUUUAAACUGCGUCAGGAGGAUUCAAUGAAAGAGCUGCUAGAGGAAAGUGCAAUUGGUAUGGGAAAGUCUCCUAAAUAUCAGAAUUCAAAGGGUGAUUUUGUUUGUGAGCAUGUUGAGCUAAGAGUUGAUGUUGUCUCAGAUCCAGAUACCACCUUAGCCUUGUAUGACAGGUUGCCCAAAAGAAUUAGUCCUGGUAGGCUUCCGUCCACUCAAGAAGAGGCUUCUACUAAUUCCACUUGUACAGUGGAGCUAUCAAGUGUGGGUAAUUGGUAUGAAACAGUAGUGAAUGGUGAGGUGGAAUAUCCAGAGUCAAAGAAGAAAAAUGUGAUAACUGGAGAAAUUGAAGGGAAAGGAAGUUCUGUGCUUGAGAAUGGUUCACAUAAUUUUGGAAAGAUUAGUCCUGGAAAGGCUGUGAAGGCAUCAAUUUGUUCUGGAAGCAAUGAACUGAGUAAAUUUAGUGAUCCACCAGGAGAUGCUUCCUUGGAUGAUUUGUUUCAGCCAUUGGACAGAAACCGGGAAGAUUGUGUCUCUGGAACCUCAAAAUCUGCUUCUUCAUCGCAUAUGAAUGAAGGAACUUCACAUGGUGCUGGAUCAAAUGACCUGGCAGCAAAACUCAAAGCUAGGAUGGCUCAGAAACGGUUGGAGAAUGGGAUGGGGCAAGCAAAUGGAGGAGGCCUGUUGCGCCUUAUGAUGGGUGUGCUUAGGGAGGAUGUGAUUGGUAUUGACAACAGUUUGGUGUUUGAUGAAAAGUUGCCUGGAGAAAGCCUUUUUCCAUUACAGGCUGUCGAAUUUAGCAGAUUAGUUGGUUCACUGAAGCCAGAAGAACCCGACGAUGUGAUUGUGUCUGCCUGUCAGAAGCUUACUGCUUUUUUUCAUGUGCGCCCAGAGCAAAAAAUUGUUUAUGUUACACAACAUGGUUUGCUUCCUCUGAUGGAACUGCUUGAAAUUCCUAAAACUCGUAUUAUAUGUUCUGUGCUUCAAAUGAUAAAUCAUAUAAUCAAAGACAAUACUGAUUAUCUAGAGAAUGCUUGUCUUAUUGGCCUGAUACCCGUUGUGAUGAGUUUUGCGGCUUCUGAUCGUCCUCGGGAAGUUCGUAUGCACGCUGCGUAUUUCUUGCAGCAGCUUUGUCAGUCUAGCUCAUUGACACUGCAGAUGUUCAUUGCUUGCCGUGGAAUUCCUGUUUUGGUGAGCUUUCUGGAAGCUGAUUAUGCAAAAUACAGGGAAAUGGUUCAUCUAGCUAUUGAUUGCAUGUGGCAGGUCUUCAUGCUCCAGCAUUCAACACCCAGAAAUGAUUUCUGUCGCAUAGCUGCGAAGAAUGGUAUACUUUUUAGGCUUAUUAACACCCUUCACAGCUUGAAUGAGGCAGCUCGGCUAGCUUUUGUUUCUAGUGCCAGUGGGUCUAUUCCUGCCAAUGGUUCAGCUCAACGACCUCGUUCUGUUCCAUUGGAUUUUAAUCAUCCUGUUUCUGCACACUGUGAAAUGCCACCUUCUGGUGCUGAUCUACCUGAUAUGCUGAAGUUCCGGAAUGGAAUCACUGAUCAUCCUUCUUCCCUAUCUGGAACAUUAGAGCCAUUACUUGCUUCUACUUCCCAGUCUCAAAGAUCAGAUAUCAACCGAUCUGAUGCCGGAUAUUUUCCUGGGGACACUGAUAAACCCCAGUCUAUCAAUGUUAUAAUGGAAGCUUCAGUUCAGUCUCCGGAGCCAACAGGUAUAGAGAAUGUUGGGAAUCGACCAAUCAAGGACUCCACUUUGAAAGACUUUGAACACUUGGACCUACAAAAAUCUGAUCAAUCUUGGACAGAAGCUGACCUUCUUAGACAACAGCGAAUCAAUAGUGCUAUCAAUAGAAUAUCUAUUGAUAAGCCUCUAAAACAAUUGGAAAAUGCAUCAAAUAGGGCCCCCACCACAUCAGCUGAUCAGCGAGACCAGGUUCGACCUCUUCUUAGCCUGUUAGAGAAGGAACCUCCAUCUAAACAUUUAUCUGGUCAGCUUGAGUAUGUGCGCCACUUCUCUGGGUUGGGCCGGCAUGAAAGUAUACUGCCUCUGCUACAUGCAUCUACCGAAAGGAAACCAAAUGGUGAGCUAGAUUUCCUGAUGGCAGAAUUUGCAGCAGAGGUUUCUGGACGUGGAAAAGAAGGUUGCAAUAUUGACCGUACUCCAAAACUUUCACAUAAAACAGUAACUAAGAAGGUAGGACCACCAACACCAAAUGAGGGAGCUGUCUCAAUAUCUGGGGUUGCAUCUCAGACUGCGUCAGGCAUACUCUCUGGCUCAGGUGUUUUAAACGCUAGACCAGGAAGCACAACAUCUUCUGGUUUACUUUCUCAUAUGGUAUCAACAUUGAAUACUGAUGUGACUAAGGAAUAUCUUGAGAAGGUUGCUGACUUGCUUCUUGAGUUUGCUCAAGCAGACACAACUGUCAAAUCCUACAUGUGUGGCCAAAGCUUGCUCAGCCGUCUUUUCCAGAUGUUUAAUAGAAUAGAGACUCCUGUUCUUUUGAAGUUAUUGAAGUGUAUAAAUCAUUUGUCUACCGAUGCAAACUGUUUAGAGAAUCUUCAGCGGGCAGAUGCAAUCAGACAUUUGAUUCCAAACCUUGAACUCCAAGAAGGGCUUCUUAUUUCUCAAAUACAGCAUGAAGUCCUUAAGGCAUUGUUCAAUCUCUGCAAGAUAAACAAGAGGAGACAGGAACAAGCUGCUGAAAGUGGGAUUAUUCCACACUUGAUGCGUUUCAUCAUGUCAGAUUCACCAUUGAAACAAUAUGCUCUACCUUUACUGUGUGAUAUGGCCCAUGCUUCCCGUAAUUCCAGGGAGCAAUUAAGAGCCCAUGGUGGAUUGGAUGUGUACCUGAGUCUAUUGGAUAAUGAGCUAUGGUCAGUGACAGCAUUGGAUUCUCUUGCAGUCUGCUUGGCCCAUGACAAUGACCACAGAAAAGUAGAACAGGCUUUACUGAGAAAGGAAGCUGUCCACAAAUUAGUGAAGUUCUUCCAAGGCUGUCCACAACAAUAUUUUGUGCACAUAUUGGAACCCUUCUUGAAAAUGAUCACUAAAUCAUCCCGGAUAAAUACAGCAUUGGCUGUUAAUGGUUUGACACCAUUGCUUAUUGCAAGGCUUGACCAUCAAGAUGCUAUAGCUCGUCUUAAUCUACUCAGGUUAAUAAAGGCUGUUUAUGAGCACCACCCACGGCCAAAGCAACUCAUUGUUGAGAAUGAUCUGCAUCAGAAGCUUCAAAACCUCACUGAGGAGCGCAGAGAACACUCUGGAGGCCAAGUCUUGGUGAAACAGAUGGCCACAGCACUGCUUAAAGCACUUCAUAUCAACACUGUUCUGUAAAUUCAGCUCUCACGACUUUUGCUUCUCCCUCACAUGCAUGUAUUUUAUUGUUAGCAAAAAUGUAAAUACUGUUCUCCCUUUUUCUUUUUUACUUUCUUAUUUCUCUCUUAAUGUGGAGGAUGCUUGAUUUGGCAAUGCCUUCAAUUUACUGGGAUGCCAUGACCCCAUCCCCUUGUAUCUUUACUGGUUUUCAACUUGGCUUAGUUUUUAUAUGUUAUCAACAUAUCAUGGUUAUGAAAACGUACUUCUUUUGGUGA